AUGGCGUCGUCGGUGAUGGUCGGUCCCUGUUUAAUAUUGAUAAUAUUGACUGCGUGCAGUUUUCACUGUCUAGCUUACGGGAAUAUGAUGCGGCUUUUUGGGCCUGGUCCACCGGAUUUUGUCAAUGUUUCCGACAUGAAAUCAUGUGUCCAAGACUUAAUUAACAAUAUUACCAAUUGGCUUCGAUGCACAGAGCAUGGAUUGCUACAAUCGGAUUGUGUUAAGUGCCUGAAAACAGACAGCAUCCUUCACUUACUGAACAUUGAUCCCGGAUCGAAAUCAAUCUCACGUCAAAAUGUUGAAGAUCUAGCCAUUCUUUUCGCCCAUCAUAUCAUGUACUUUGAAUCUCUGUGCACAUCUCAACCGGUAGGGUGUGGAGACUUUAGUAUUUGCCAAGAAGAGUUAUUCGAAUAUAUGACUACACGGGCUGCUCAAGUAGAAUCACUCGUAAAAGUACUUCGUAUUUUCAAAAUGACGCUGAAAGAAGGAGAAAAGAAAGAGUGUUUCACAGCCGAGGACAUUUUAAAAGAUGUUCCUAAAGAUGGCAACCACCCUGAGCAAAGAUUACGGAGAAUAUUCACUUUAUUAAUGGGGAAAAUAUUCCAAGGUUAUUGUAUUGAUGUUGGAGAAUCGGUAACAGACUUCUUGGACGAUAUUUUUCACCAUUAUGGCGACACAUGUUCCACUUACAUGAAUCUAGAUGGUCUGAAAAGAAUGAUGGAAGACCUUCAGAACGUUGGUCACCGACAUGAUGACGAUCACGAUCACCACCAUUCCCACCAACACGAUGGCACUCACGACGCAUCCCAUCACCAUGAGUGUGAGCAUAUCGGUGGAUACACUCCUCACUUCCAUAAUCAUAAUCAUGAUCACUCCGCACAUAUGCAUGAUGCUCCAUACGAUCACAAGCACUAUCACGGCGAUCACGAUCACUCCUUAAAUUAUGAUCGUGAUCAAAAUGAUCAUGAUAUUGCGGAAAAAAAUAAAAACCAUUACGACACAGAGAAUAAAGCAACACAAUCAAGUGAGGCUACAUCUUCUAAGAUUCCAUCGCAAUACGAAGAUUCUACGAUUCCUUCAACGGACGGUAACAGUAGUGCAACACUUCAAGCUCCAAAAGGUAGUCCUACUGUAUAUGCUAAAGCUGUGGAUUUGAAAAGUAUAGAGAAUUCAGAAGACAUUAUUUCUGUAACGAUAGAUCCACGAAUUCUGCCGAAUGGAACUUCAGCUGGUACACCAAAUCUAGAAGAAGAGCAAAAUAAAAGUAUAAGAAGAGCCCAAAGAUCUGCAAACCGGUCACUGACGUCCAAAGAGUUGAGAAAUACUGAAGAUUUUCACAACCCAGCAUCAUCGCUCAGGAGCGAUUUUUCACAUCAAGAAGAGAAAUCUGGUGUUAAUUCUCCUAAUGAAGCUUCACUAGACGAAGUGAAGAAAGUGUAUUUGCUUCAAAAUGAUGGGAAUAACAAGAACAUUGACUUGCCAUUAAGCGGCACACCUCAUCACUUUGCAAGUCUUGCUACCAAGUGUCUAAGUGCCGAAGAUUUAAUCCUGAAGUUUGGACAUCAAGAAAACACGUCUCUCACUAAACACGACUUUUUGGAGUUAUGUCCAGCUUUAAUCCAGCAGAUCGUAAGUGGAGUAUGCUCUGAGAGUAUUCAACCACCAUCUGUGUUACCUUCUCGCUCUGAAGUUUACGGUUACGGUUCUUUAUCGGUGGCAAUCAUAAGCUUGACUUCGCUGGCCGGGGUCUUUCUACUACCUGUAAUGACGAAGCACGCUUACAACUACAUCAUCUCAGGAUUUUACGGUCUAGCCUUUAGUACUUUGGCUGGGGAUGCUUUAUUACAUUUGAUGCCUCAGUUUCUUGGACUUCAUUCACAUGGAGGCGGUGACGAUCAUGGUCAUUCUCACAGUGGAGCUAUUCUAGAGCCUUACGCUCAAUUGCAACUGGGAGUAUUUUUUACAGUGUACUUUCUGUUUCUCUUUGAAGCAGCUCUGUGUGCUUUUUCCAAAUCUGAUCAUCAUGCGAAACAUCAGGAUAACAAGGGACACGGUCACAGUCAUGUUCACCUUCCGGACGAAAUACCUACACUUAUAUCGGUCAAGAGCAAGUCAGAGACACAAUUGCCUGUAUCCAGGGAACAAUCCAGCUCAUCUUUAGACACUGAAGUUGUUGAGGUUGAAGCUAUGAAAAAGCCUCCAAAUCUUAUGGUAUCUAAACCGCUGUGUUUGGGUCUUACAUCAAUGGCUAUAGUUGUCACUCUUGGUGAUUCCAUUCAUAAUUUUGGCGACGGUCUUGCAAUCGGAGCCGCAUUUUCCACAGGAAUUCGAGGAGGUCUCUCCACAGCCAUUGCUGUGUUUUGUCAUGAACUGCCUCAUGAAUUUGGUAAGAUUUUAUCGCUUAUUAGAAAUUAUUACUUAAUUUUUUAU